AAGGAAUAACAUGAACUCUCACACAUGCAUAUAUGUAUAUAUGAAAAAUAGAGAACAGCAUCAAAGACAUGAUCACAGAGAGUACAUCAAAGUGAAGACAUUAAGAUUUGAUAAUGUAUAUUGAACACCAAUAUUGAUAAUAUAUAGAAAACCCUGUCAGUGCAUUUAUUUGAAUAAGUUAAACAUGGGUUCCUAAAAGCUGCACCGCCCACAUGGUGCUGGUGGUUGUGAUUCUAUGGUAACGGAAUUACGACGACGGGAAAAUCUGGCCAUAUUUUAGCUCCCCAUUAAAAAUGUGCUCCGAUUGUAAUUCCGUUACCAUAGAAUCGCCCAACUGUGUUUUGGUUGUUGAAAUUUGGAGCCCCGGAGCUGCACGUGAACGCAGCACGACAAGUGUGAAAGGAGCGCCGCAGACAGACUGAAAAACAGACUGUAGCGAAGGAUGGAAACAAGUCACAGAUGGCUGAACAGGAACUCACACCGCAGAUUUUCCACGUUGUUCAACUCAGGAAUGGAUCAGUUGCUACUGCCAUCACUCAUCCUUCUUCUGGAGAGGAGUCUUUAACUAGGAGCAGUGGAAUAAUUCCUGGUGGAAUUGCAGCUGCAGUUUUCAUUGUUUGUUUACUGGCUCUGUACGGCGUCCUUUGGAAGUGCAUGGCGUCACCGCCAAAACGAAAGAAAAGGAAAGUGAAAGUACGAGUGCAGCAGAGGAUUCCUUUGUGACAACUGUUCUUUGGAUGGAAACUAUCUCCUUUUGCCUUGGACCUAAAAAUCUGAAAGAAAGCACUUUGCUCCUCAUCAGAAAAUGGCACCAGAUUGACAGUAUUCCACUGGAGACUAUCCUGAGUUCACAGCAGAGGGAACCCCUUCACCUUUUAGGCCAGUGUGGCCUUGAGCGGUCAAAUCAAGUCUGUGGCUGACC